AUGAUGGGAAAUGUGGAUUAGUAAAGAUGGCGGCGUCCUCUACGACAGGACGCGUUUUGACACUUUGCAAGCAAUUUCAAAAUGCGUUCCGGAUAUCUUCAACCAUAAAUGUUCAAAGUGCUGCUCUUGGUUUGUCCAAAUGCCAGUUUCAGCUUUACAGCAGAGAACCGUCUCCAUUUGUUGCCCCAUCUCGGUGCAGUCCCCUCACCUCUGUGGGACAGUGUCGAGCUCUGCACACUACCAUCAGUAGAAGAGGAUUGGACGAGUUCUUUGACUUGUCUGAUAACUGGGGAGAAACAACUGUGAAGUCAGGUGCACCGUGGACUGCCAAACAACUGAGAACAAAGAGCAAUGAGGAUUUGCACAAACUAUGGUAUGUGCUCCUGAAAGAGAAGAACAUGCUGCUUACACUGCAACAAGAAGCAAAAAGGCAAAGGGUUCAGAUGCCGAGUCCAGAAAGAGUAAGGAAGGUUGAACGUUCCAUGACCAGACUGGAGACAGUUGUGAAAGAGAGAGAGACAGCGCUGCGUCUGCUGCAGACAGGAGAAGAGAAAGGCCGACCAGGAGCCUGGAGAAGGAACGUAUUCGGAUAUGUCUACUGGUAUCGGUUCAAAGAAUAUGCCAUUCCCUGGUAUAUGAAUAAAAGAUACAAGCGGAAGAGAUUCUAUACUCCCAAGUUUGUUCAACCUCAUAUAAGGUUGCGUAUAGAGAAGUACCUCCGGGAAAAGGCCAGGAAAGAAAACUUGAGGAGGCAAACACAAGCCAAACUAAAGGAGAGGUUUCCUCAAAUGAAGUCUUCAUCCACAUGAAAAUUCAAAUGUUGACCGCUGUGAGCCUGACCUCUCCAUUUGUCCUACACCCCUGAUUAUGGAUACUGAUAAUGACCUGAAAUUAAAGAUUGAGUGUUUUUGUCCAACUGUUUUCUUACAUAUUAAACUACGCAUCUGA